AUGGACCCGCACGCCUACGCGCUCGCCUUCGGCCGCCAGGCCCCUGUACAGCUUGCCAUGCAUGGUCAUGCCUCUACUACGGGGGUAGACUCGAUAGACUAUUAUGUCUCCUACCAGGGGUUUUCAGAGCCACAGGCUCAAACGCACUAUUCAGAGAAGCUAAUCGUCCUCGACGGUUUCACGCCUCUCACGCGCUUCUACGAGGAAUUUCCAUUCAACGUGUCUCCGGCCAUGAAGACCGAGGACGGGAGGCUUCAGUUCCGUUCGCGCUACAACAUACCUCCUCGCGCUACAGUCUACGCAUGCCUACAAACGAUCUUCAAAGUCAGCCCCAAGAUGGAUUUCGUGGCAAAGAGGAUCUUGAACGAGGAUCCCAACAGCAUCAUCAUGUUCAAGGAGCUCCCGAUGACUGACCAGUGCGGGAAGCAGGUGCUGGAGAGAAUGAGAAACAAGAGCAAACUGACGGAGGAUGAGAUGGCGAGGAUCAAGUUUCUGCCGGCUAUGCAUGACGCGGAUUAUUCGGACAUGUUCGCUAUUGUAGACGUCAUCCUCGACUCUUAUCCCUUCGGAGGGCACACUACCUCCAUGGAGGCCCUCGCAGUCGGGCGUCCCAUCGUGACUCUUCCCACGGACUUCAUGUCGGGACGAUGCACACAAGGCUUCCUCGCCUUUCUUGGACUCCAAGAGCUCAUCGCAAGCGACCUGGAGGAUUUCAUUCGCAUUGCAGUCAAACUGGGAAAAGAUGCGGCGUUGAGGGAGCGGAUAUCCAGCACCAUCAUCAAAGGCUUCAGUGCGCUUAUCAAGGAUGAUCGGAGUGUGCGAGGGUGGAGUCAGGUUCUUGAGAUCCUCGUACGCGGCAAGCAGCAAGACCUUCGUCCCUUCCUCGCUCAAGCUGACUGACAAACUCAAAGUGUUUGACCUGUCUCUUUGGAGUUUCCUCCCUCCUCCCUCCUCUCUCCUCCCUCUCCUCUCCCUCCUCUUCCUGCCGUAUGCCCGUGGGUUCCUCGGGCUCAGAGAAGGAGUCUCUUCGCGCUUGCAAGCAUUAUAAAUUCUCUUCAUCCUUU